AUGUUUGUUGUUCGUGUCACGACUCACAUCCCGGAUCCCUACCCGAAGCGCGAGUACAAGGUUCCAGAGCAAGAGGUCCCCGUCACCCUUGUUAUCACGGGUAGCGAUUUUUUUUUUGGCUUCAUUACCUCGCUGUCCCACGGCCCCGGCAACUGUAUGAACUCGAUCAAGGUUUACAUCAAGCGCCGCAAGGUCGGUGUGCGCAACGUGCCAAGCAAGGGCCCCGUUUAUUGGGAUGAGACCAUCAAGAACGAGUUCUUUGACAAACUGAUCGAGAUCAGGAACCGCUGCGGAAAGCUCGACAGAACGAUCCAACACUAUACAACUGAUAAGCUGAUGAGCAGUAACAACCGCAAGGGCUGCGUACUCAUAAUCUUGGACACGGCCCAUAUGAAAAACAUUCCGGAUGCUAAAUGCAUCUCGACAGAGGACAGCAUUUACCGCAGGGACGUCAUCGAAUGCACGUAUGCCUGGCCCGACAGGGAAGACACAAAGGACGUGGCCGAAUCUUCUAUAGGCUCUUGGCAGAGGAGGAAAAACUUCAACAUCGGUUAG